CGCUUUUUGAUGAUUCUACUCUUUCCUAGACGCGCGGGCCGGGUCCCUAAUUCCUCUUCACUUCUUAAAAAAAGACCAAUUCUCAUUGAAGGGCAAUCGAGAGAAGGAAUAAAUUGAGAAUUAGCCUAAUCACGUAUGAAGAAUCUUUAAAUUGAAUUUUUAUACGUUACGAGCCUAGUUGGUAGUCUGAUACGCUUGAACCAAAAAAUACCCAUCUGAAGUGAAAGAAAACGUUCCUUUGUAUGUGUGUUUGUGCUCCUAUUGUCGAUAUAUAAUUCAUAUAUUGAGUGGUUACUGAUUACUUUGAUUAUUCCUGUUCUGUGUUUUAUUUUCAUUUGUGUUUCUGUUUUUCUCCUUAUCAAUUUACGAAAUUCGCAUCCUCCCCCUUAUUCAAUUAAAGAUCCUAUAUAUCUUUUCUUUUUUUACAAUUACUUGUGUUACCAUCCGUUUCGUAUUGUGUUUUAUCAGUGCCGUGGUUGUGCUUUGUUUGUUCACGAUUAUUUGCUUUCGUUUUAAUAGUAACUAUUUCAGCAUUUCCAAAGAAACAACAUCCAUAUCUUAAUUGCUAAAUUCUGCCCUAGGAACAAGGCAUAUUUGUGGUUGAAAUUGAGGUUUGUUUACAUCUGUUCAAUACCACUGCCACCGACUUUUCUUUAUAUUUCUAUUAUAUUUCUUCAAAACAGAGAAUUAUACUUGUAAUAGUCUUUCUGAUUUCUUCUUUUUUAUUUAUUUAUUUUUAUUAUAUUCCUAAAUGGAUUUAGGACGUGUGAAAUCUGCAAGUUUCGUGGAUGAAGAGCGGUUGUCGAAUAAUAAUCAGCUAAGGCCUGAGAACCCCUUCGAAACUCCGUUGGAACUUGACGCAGCUGAGAAAUCCUCAAAAAAAUCGUUUGAAAUUGCAAAUGUGGAUCAGGGAGCCAUCAACCCCGAGCUUUCCUUAUCCGGUCAUCAUGGUUUUAAUGAUACAGUGGAAUGUCAACCUGUAAGUAAGCGAAUCUGGGUCCUUGCAGCUGCUGCAGGAAUUGGAGGGCUCCUCUUCGGUUAUGACACGGGUGUUAUUUCUGGUGCUCUCGUUGUUAUGGGAAAUAGUUUAGGGAAAAGCUUGACUGAUGGGGAUAAAGAAUAUAUCACAUCAUCAACGUCGUUAGGCGCUCUCAUAGGUGGCAUUGUAGCCGGUGCGCUUGCUGACUUUCUAGGUAGAAGGCCAGUCAUUGCUAUAGCUAGUAUCAUCGUCAUUGUUGGCUCUAUCGUACAGGUUACUGCUCAUAGCUUAUGGCAUAUGAUCGGUGGUCGUUUUGUCAUAGGUAUUGGUGUUGGCUUAGCUUCUCUUAUUGUACCUCUGUAUCUUAGUGAAUUAGCACCUUCUAAAAUUCGUGGCCGCCUUGUGAUUGUCUAUGUGUUCUUAAUUACUCUAGGACAGGUUGUAGCUUACGGUAUCGAUACUGCUUUUGAACACGUUAAAAACGGUUGGCGGUAUAUGGUUGGCCUUGCCAUUGUCCCAGCUUUUAUUCAAUUACUUAUAUUAGUAUGGCUUCCAGAAUCCCCCCGUCUUUUAAUUAAAAAAGAUAAAGCUAAAAAAGCUUAUGAGACCUUAGCAAGUAUCUAUCCAACUGCUCAUCCGUAUGAGAUUCAAACCAAACUUCAUCUUAUUCAGGAGGGUGUUCGUGAUCCUUUUACUGGUACUAGGUUCCAAAAAAUCUUAAAAACUUUAAAGGAACUCUAUUUUGUACCUUCUAAUUUUCGAGCCCUUAUCCUUGCUUGCGGACUACAAUCAUUACAACAGCUUUCCGGUUUCAACUCUCUCAUGUACUUUUCAAGUACUAUUUUUCAAAAUGUUGGGUUUGAUAAUCCAACUGCAACUGGUCUUAUUAUUGCUGGAACAAAUUUUGUCUUUACCAUUGUUGCUUUCACGGUGAUUGAUCGCUUUGGUCGUCGUAUAUUAUUGUUAGUUACUCUUUGGGGUAUGAUUGGUGCACUCAUCGUGUGUGCUGUUGCUUUUCAUUUUCUACCCAGAGACGAAAAUGGAAACGUCAAGGCAGGACAGGGGAACCCAUGGGCUAUUGUUGUUUUAAUUUCUAUGAUUGUUUAUGUUGCAUCGUAUGCAUCUGGUCUUGGUAAUCUUCCUUGGCAACAAUCGGAAUUAUUUCCAAUGACUGUUCGUGGUUUAGGUACAGGUAUGGCUACUGCUGUAAAUUGGGCUAGUAAUCUAGCUAUUGGCUCUACAUUCUUGACCUUGAUGUCCGAAAUUACUCCUACAGGUACAUUCGCUUUAUAUGGCGGCCUUUGUUUUGGCGGCUUUGUAAUGUCAUAUUUUUGCUAUCCAGAAUUUGCGGAUUAUACAAUUGAAGAAAUCAGUAUUUUGCUGAAAGAUGGAUUUAACAUUAAAGAAAGUUUAGAGCAUCUGCGACGAAUUCGCCAGGAACGUGCUUGGUCUAAGGAAGACGAUCAGGAAAAAGCCUAACCUUUUCCAAAUCUUGAAAUGGUUCAUAAAUUUAUUUUAUGACUUUACAAAUUCGCUUUAUCUGUUAUAUUUUAUCAAUCUUUAUGUUUGUACUAGAUAUUCUUUUAUCCUUGAUUUUACUCGUUAUUUUCCUUUUCAUGAAAGAUAUGUUAUGAUAUAUUUUUUUAUUGUUUAUUCCUUAUAGUUAAAUAUAAAUAAUUUACUUAAUGUUAUUUAAAGAUGUCUGCUUGGCAA